AAUGAAAAUAGUCCAAGCCUGUGUUAAGUAACAUCUAGUUCAGCUAUAGUUGCUUCGUAAGAGUUACUUCUGAAUUGUUGUUGCUUUUCCGCAAAGCUUCACCUCAUCAAGUACUACGUCGCUCUAGGAGAAAAACAGGAAACAUGGGAGUAAGGGUAGCAUGGCAGAAGCUCUUGAAGGGGGUAUGUACGUCGGUCGAUGUUGCCAUAUCAGAAACCUUACUAUGACACAUGACAUGAUAUUAAGUUUUCACCAUCGACGCCUUCCUUCUAUCCUCAAGAAAAAAGGAAACAUCCAACAUCGAUCAGGAAGGCACGGUGGAAAUAACGUUUCAAACGCAAAUUCUCUUCCCAUCUCCCAUUUCUCAAUCUAAGUCCCUCUUCUUUUUUUCAUUCUCUCACUCCAUCGCUCACCAUCUUUCAUUCUCAUUAUCACCCUGCUUGACUCAACCAUCGUCAUUCGUUAUUUAUUACUUCAACCACCUGCAAAGCAUACCACAGAUUACAGAUCACUUCGAACAUGCGGAACAACGCCCUUGUGGGCGUCCUAGGGGCUCUCGGGCUCGUAGGAUCGGCCACAGCACAAGCAUACGGCAAUGGACAUACAACCACCGCCGGCGGCAAUAGUGGAAGCGGUAGCAAUGGCAAUGGAGCUGGUAGUGGCACUGGCAACGGUGCCGGUAGUGGUGCUGGUAGUGGUGCUGGCAAUGGCGCUGGAACCUGUCCCGUUGGUGAAUCCACUAUCUUCGUUACUGUUACUCCUUCUGUUCUGCCCACCAUCGUGUCCACCGUCUAUUCUACCAUUGUUUCCACUGUCGGUUCGGGAUCUGGAUCUGGCCAAGGUGGCCAAGGUGGUUUCGGUUCCUCCGGUACCAAUGGUUUCCAGCCUUCCACUUCGCCAAUUGGUUGGUCUCCGUCUAGAACCAUUACUAUCCCAUGUAACACUGAGUCGUCUGGAGGAGUUCCCUGGUCUACUGAUUUCCUCACUAUCACUCUGCCCCCUGCUCCUACCAACACCGGUUCUUCUAGCGGCCCCUACACUUAUACUAUUGUGAGCCCUGGUGGUCCUCAGUCCGGCUCUGGUGUACCAGGCAACGGUGGCCCUGGCGGACAAGGUGUUCAACCAUCGGGAGGCAAUGCAGGAGGAGUCACAACUAUCUACCCCGGCCCAUUCGGUAUCUCUUCUUCACCAGGCCAAUAUCCCUUCACAGAGACAUUGUCAGGAGGAGGCAAUGGAGGAAGUCCCCCAUUCGGUACUAUCACAAUUACAGCCCCUGGAGGAUCACCAAGUGGUGCUGGCCAAGGUGGUCCAAAUGGCCCAGAGACUUCUGAGACGAUCGUUGUCGUUUGGCCAUCUGAGUCAGCUGGAUACCCUGGUGGCCCGGGUUCUCAAGGAGGUCCAAACGGUGGUAGUGGGUCUGGUGGGUCAGGUGGCUCUGGCGGCACUGGCAAUCCUGCUACUACAACUCCGUGUGAGUCUACUGGCAAUGCUGGAGGCGCAGGUGGGCCAGGCGGCCAAGGAGUUUCCGAGACCACAAUUUGGACCGCACCAGGUGGGUCUGGAAAUGGUGCUGGAGGUCCCGGAGGUCAGAGCGUUCCUUUCACUAUCACUUUGAGUGCGCCAGGAGAAUCACCAAGCAAUCCCGCGGGCGGCUCGGAAGGUCCUGGAGGCUCUGGAGUUUCAGGUGGUCAGAGUGGUCCUCAGACUAUCACCAUAACUGCCCCAGGAGAAUCGCCAAGUAGUCCUGCCGGUGGCUCCGAAGGACCUGGGGGUCCAGGUGGACAAGGCAUUCCCGAAACCUUCACCGUCACAGUCCCAACCGGAUCGCCUGGUAACCCCGAGACCUCACCCUGCCCGGAAGGGAGCGGCUCUGGUCCAUCGGGAGCGUUCUCAGGCUCUACUCCAGAGGUCAUCACAGUUACCGGCACCGCAAACAACCCCGAAGUUCCAGGCGGACAAGGUAUCCCGUACACCGUAACCUUGACAGCACCAGGCAUUUACCCAAGUAACCCUGCCGGCGGUUCUGGCGGCUCUAGUGGUCCUGGUGGUUCUGGCGGUUCUGGCGGUUCUGGCCCCGGUGGCUCCGGAGGUCCCGGCGGACAAGGACUACCAGGCAACGGUGGUAACAACCCCCAAACGGUCACUGUAACUGGUCCGGAAGAAUCUCCAAGCAAUCCUAGCAGCACACCAUGCCCUGAAGAAAGUUCCACCCCGCUCGUUGUUACCGUCACUGGCACUAAUCUCACACCUGGCGCCGUCGAGACCAUUACGUUUACAGCACCAGGCCUAUCACCGGGCAAUUCUGCUGGCGGACCCGGAGGAGCUGGCGGUCAGGGUGUUCCCCACACUAUUACAGUAACAGCACCAGGAGAGCUGCCAAGCAAUGGAGCUGGAGGGCCUGGAGGUUCUGGAAGUGGCCAAUCAGGCAAUCCCUCAGGAGGGCUCGGUGGCCCAGGUGGUCAAGGUGUACCCCCGACUUUUACAGUUUCAGGACCCGGCGAAUCGGCAGGCAACUCCGGAGGAUCGCAAGGCCAGGGUACAACUCCAUGCCCAGAGGGCGAGUCCGGUUCUGUGUCGCACCCGAAUACAAUCAUUGUCACUGGCCCCAAUGGCGGCUCUGGUGGAGGCAGUGGCGCUUUUCCGACAGCAGUCACUGUCACCGUCCCUGAAAACCCAUCCGGAGGUUUAGGCGGUAAUGGAGGCGGGAACCCAGCACUUCCGACAAUUACCGCGACCGCUCCUGGAAAUCCAUGGGGAGGCCCCGGCGGCAGCAAUGGAGGCAAUCCUUCGUCACCCGGUUUUGGUUCUGGAAACCCAUCUGGGGGAGCCGAAGGUAGCAAUGGGGGCGGUGCGUAUCUACCAACUAUCACUGUGACUGCCCCUGGAUCUGGGUCUGGAUCUGGUGCAGGUACAGGUGCAGGGUCGGGAUCUAACGGUGGCCCUGGUGGACAAGGUAUUCCAAAUGGACCUGGAGGAUCUGGCGAACCCACUGUUACUGUGACUGGUCCCGGAGAGCCAGGUGAGCCAACCGUUACUGUUACCGUCCCAGGGGGUUCGGGAGGUUCGGGAGGUUCGGGAGUUCCAGAGGGUCCUGGGGGCUAUGGAGGAAACCCUUCAGGUCAGCCAUCCAGUGGCCCUGGAGCAUCUGGAAUUGGCUCUGGUGCUGGUGUAAGCGGCAAUCCUGAUGCCGGUACGCCAACCGACUCCGUCCCAGCCGGUGGUUAUGGAGCCGGCCAUCCAACACCUCAAAUUGGUGGUUCGGGCUCUCAGUCUGGAUUUACAGCUGGACCUGGAGGACAAGAGACAGUCACCGUCAUCUCUACUAGAGCAGGCGGUCCAACACACACAGUGACUAUUCCAGAGGAAUCUUUGACAGCAACGGCUGAACCUUCUGCAAACCAAGGCGGCUCAGUUCCAUGCGACACGAGUUCUGGUUCUGGUAUAUCGGGGGCUCUCCCAACUAACACUUUCUCUCCUUCACGAUCCCCGAUAUCCGUCGUACCGACCAGCGGUUGGAAUGCCACUCCAACGGAGUCAAUCCCCGCUGUGUCUCUUCCUCCUGUCCCUAGCUUCCCAGCGCCUGUUGCCGCACCGUCGAUUACUGAGAUUCCGACCGGUCCCUUGGUGGAAUGUGUGAAAAUGACUUCGGUAACGAUGGCUUCGAAGACGCUCUCAUGGUGUGCUCUACUUGCAACAGUAAACAGCAUAGACACCAGUACCACGCUACCCGAGGAAACUUACGUUACCGAGCAAAACAGCGUUUUCAAUGCGGCCCCAACUCAAACCACUGGAGGCUAUAUCUUCUCUCGAGAUAAUGCCGAAUUACCCGGUCCAUCCACACUAGCAACGGUCGUCGUACGCUCACCUGCUUCAACCACUAAGUCUCUCUCCCAGAGUGACGGACCUUCGCCUCCCGCCUGCGGGAACCGGGCCGAUCUGGGCGACUUCACAUUCAACUUCGAUGACCUUCCACCUCUCGGAGGAGGCUCGAAGGCGAUGCCACUAUUUAGCCCUUACCAUCGAUUUUAUUUCUCGUCCGGGUUCGAUGUUCUUCCUCCACCACCUGCUCCGUUUGACCCGUCUUCCGGGAACCUAAUGAUCCAAUUCACACCAUCGUCGAUUUCCAAUCUUACCGAGCCCGGUGUACCCUCUGAUACAGCGAAGAUCAGCGUUGGCCCACAGAUAUCAUCGUCUUGCUUCCCAUUCAACUUCAACGGGUUUAGUCUUGGGUGCGAUUCUCAAGAAUCCCCUUGUGUCUUUAACUUCACGGGACUUCGAUUUGAUGAGCAAUCUCGACAAGAGAAGGAAGUGGUUUGGCAAACAGCAAGUGUCCCAGGAUGUCCUUCAAUGAGCCACUGCAAGCUUUCUCCCGUGGUUUUCACAGGAUUUGAUCGACUUACAUCAGUCCAAAUCAGCCUUAAGGUGGACGAUGUGCCCAAAACCUGGUGGGCAGAUGACCUUUCGCUUGGGUGGUCUGAUAACCAGUGCGAGAAGGCAGACUGUCGUUCUAAGGUGCGCGAUACGACUCGCAAGCGUGAUGACGGCUCCAAAGACCGAAAGUCCAGAUCGAGACUAUUGGACUUCGCGCAAUUCCGCGGUUGAUCCGUAGCGCUAGGGUGUUGUAGGUGGGAGUCUUGUGCUCGAUACUCGACUUAAUUUGCUACUUGAUAGAAGGUUUGCUUGAGAUGUAGGUGGUGCCCGAUUGUAGAUGAGGUUAUUGCCUCAGU